GUGUUCGCCGCGCCGGAGGAGCACAACCACCACCAGCCGCCACUACUUUUGGGUUGCUCGUCGCCAGACGGCGUGCGCACUGUGGCGCGACGCCGCGGAGAAACCGUCUCCCUUCGUCGCAGCCGCCCCAAACCUGCUCAGCCGCGGAGAAACCGUCUCCCCUCGUCGCAGCCGCCAUGCUCCGCCGCAGCCGCCGGUUCCUCCCCGCCAGACCACCUCGCCGCCGCCACCCCAAACCCGCAGGGAAAGCCGAGCCGCCUCCCCCGGCCGCGCCGACCUACACCCGCGACGUAGUGCGCCGCGCCACCGCCAUCCUCCGGGACCACCCCUGGUCGGCGGCGCGCCCGCUCCUCCUCUCCCUCCCCGGCCUCGCCUGGGACUCGCACACCGUGGCGCGCGUGCUCAAGACCCACCCGCCGCUCCAGAAGGCCUUCCUCUUCUUCCGCCUCGCCGCCGCCGCGUCGCCCACCUUCCGCCACGACCGUUUCACCUACACCUCCAUGAUCCACCUCCUCGGCGAGGCCGGCCGCGUGCCGGCCAUGCUCCGACUCCUCGCCGAGAUGCUCCGAGCCGGGGUGGCGCCCGACGCCGCCACCUUCACCACCGUCAUGCACUGGCUGGCGCGGGCCGGGGACGUGGACGGUGCCAUGCGGGUGUGGGUGGAGAUGAAGGCGAGGAGCAGGCCCACCGUCGUCAGCUACACGGCGUGCGUCAAGAUCUUGUUUGACGCCGGGAGGGCGGAGGAGGCGCGGAGGGUGUUUGGGGAGAUGGUGGCCGAGGGGCUGCGCCCGACCUGCAAGACGUACACGGUGCUCAUCGAGCAUCUCGCUGACGCAGGAAAAUUUGAAGCUACUCUUGAGAUUAUGGACAAGAUGAAUGAAGCAUGCAUAGAACCAGACAAAGCACUUUGCAAUAUUCUAGUCCAGAAAUGCUCCAGGGCUGGUGAGACAUCAGUUAUGACUCGCAUUCUUCAGUACAUGAAGGAGCAUUUCAUUGUUCUUCGCCGGCCUAUUUUUUUGGAAGCACUAGAAGCUCUAAAAGCUAGUGGUGAUAGCGAUGAACUUCUUCGGGAAGUAAACCCUCAUCUUUCAUAUGAAGGCAUUGAAUGUGACCCAAUAUUAUCUGAUCAAGGCUACAUUACUGAUAAAAGUACUAUUAUCUACCUUUUGUCUGCAAAAAACUGGUCUGCUAUAGAAGAAAUGAUUAAUGCAAUGACCUCAAAGAAUGUGAAAAUGGAAAGCCAUAUCCUGUGUGAUGUUAUUAAGGCCAGCUGUGCAGACUGUAGACUGUCCUGUGGGCUCACAGUUAUGCGUUAUAGUUUAAGAGUAGGGUGUGAACUUGGUAGAUCUGCAUAUUGUUCUCUUCUUGGUCAAUACAUCAGGAAUGGUUCAUUUGAUUUAGUUGUAGAGAUUGUUGAAGGAUUGAUUAAAUCUGGUUACAAUCUUGGGACAUAUCUAUCAGCUAUUUUAAUACUCAGAUUAGGCUAUGCUGGGCAAUCUGCAUACGCAGCUCAUAUUUUUAGAUUGUUGACUGCAGACAAGAAUGUAGUUUCCUACACAGCCCUUAUCAAUGCCUAUUUUCAAGCUGGCCAAGUUGAUGGUGCUCUUGAUCUAUUCGCACAAAUGAGAACUACUGGAAUACCUGCUUGCUCGGGUACAUAUGAAGUGCUGACACAUGGCUUGCAAAAGGCUAGGCGGAAACAGGAAUCAGAAUACUACCGAAGAGAAAGAAUGAAUAUACAAUGGCAUCUUCAGUAUCUUGAUCAGUGCUCAUCUGAAGAUAGCUUAUGUAACUAUCUGUUUUGCGGCCUUCAUGGGUGAUUUUUCAAGAUGGCUUCAUAUACGGUGUUCUAAUUAUUAGCUCAAUCAUUUCAGAUCCAUCCUGCCUCAGCUUGAAGGACUAAUGGGUGCCUUUGGUUUGGCUGCAUCAAAGUUGGAGGUUACAUUUUUACUGCCAUUUCCAAAAGUACUCAGGUAGGACUAUGAGGCUGCUACAAAAGUUGCCCACUUUGUCUAUUCCAUGAUGUUCAGACCA